AUGUUUGUUAAACCAUCGUCAGCUCUUUUCCUGCUGUUGAGCGCCUCGAGGCUUGCUUCCGCCUCCUUGGUCGCUAAAAUCGGCUACUCUGCUGUCCUUGUUCCCGGCCUUCCAGGGCCUGAGCCCGGUAUAGGCUGUGGGCUUUGGGCGCAAGCAUCGACUGGUUCAGAAACAGCGUCGGGAAAUUUCGGUGGUAAUCAACCCACAGACGACUGUCCAGCAGCUGAUGUGGCUCUUUUCUGCGGAAGAUGGGGCUGUCCAUUUCAAAUGACAUUUGCUGGAGUUGUGGGACUCACUGUCAACUCAGACAACUCGGGUGACAAGUCGAUCUCUGUCACAGCGGUCGGCCUCAAUGGCGGCACGACUACCGUCAACUGCCCCUGGACCCCAGAGACUAUAUCUCAGUCCGACUCUAUCACCAUCUAUUCGGCAUGGUCGUGUGAUGUGAGCGGGGUCCAGCCUUGA